CGUGGUCUGAGGUCCGAGACCCGAGUCCUGGCACUGGAGUUUGCUGACUCCCUCUGGUUUCCGGUCUGGUCGGUCGGUCCCCGCUAUGGGCCUGGAGCUGUACCUGGACCUGCUGUCCCAGCCCUGCCGCGCUGUUUACAUCUUCGCCAAGAAGAACGACAUUCCCUUCGAGCUGCGCAUCGUGGAUCUGAUUAAAGGAGCCCUUCCAGUCUUUGCCAACCAGGAGUGCAGACUGGUGGGAAGAAGAGCUGUGAAACUGGGGCCAGAGCAUUGCAGGGAGGGGCACAGGCCAUGGCGGGCUCAGCGUUCUCCUCCCACCACCCACCAUGCUGGACUCUUCCCAGGUCAGCACUUAAGCGAUGCCUUUGCCCAGGUGAACCCCCUCAAGAAGGUGCCAGCCUUGAAGGACGGGGACUUCACCUUGACGGAGAGUGUGGCCAUCCUGCUCUACCUGACGCGCAAAUAUAAGGUCCCUGACUACUGGUACCCUCAGGACUUGCAGGCCCGUGCCCGUGUGGAUGAGUACCUGGCAUGGCAGCACACGACUCUGCGGAGAAGCUGCCUCCGGGCCUUGUGGCAUAAGGUGAUGUUCCCUGUUUUCCUGGGUGAGCCAGUAUCUCCCCAGACACUGGCAGCCACCCUGGCAGAGUUGGAUGUGACCCUGCAGUUGCUCGAGGACAAGUUCCUCCAGAACAAGGCCUUCCUUACUGGUCCUCACAUCUCCUUAGCUGACCUCGUAGCCAUCACGGAGCUGAUGCAUCCCGUGGGUGCUGGCUGCCAAGUCUUCGAAGGCCGACCCAAGCUGGCCACAUGGCGGCAGCGCGUGGAGGCAGCAGUGGGGGAGGACCUCUUCCAGGAGGCCCAUGAGGUCAUUCUGAAGGCCAAGGACUUCCCACCUGCAGACCCCACCGUAAAGCAGAAGCUGAUGCCCUGGGUGCUGGCCAUGAUCCGGUGAGCUGGGAAACCUCACCCUUGCACUGUCCUCAGCAGUCCACAAAGCAUUUUCAUUUCUAAUGGCCCAUGGGAGCCAGGCCCAGAAAGCAGGAAUGGCUUGCCUAAGACUUGCCCAAGUCCCAGAGCGCCUCACCUCCCAAAGCCACCAUCCCCACCCUGUCUUCCACAGCCGCCUGAAAGCCACAAUGAGAAUGAUGCACACUGAGGCCUUGUGUCUUUUAAUCACUGCAUUUCAUUUUGAUUUUGGAUAAUAAACCUGGGCUCAGCCUGAGCCUCUGCUUCUAA